AUGGCUCCCAUGCUUGUCAACAUGGAUGCUACUCACUUUUGCGCGCGUCCUAAUGGACACAUCACCUCGAUGAUCUGUGUUGAUGAUCUUCCAAAUGACAUGAUGAUUGACGGUGCACCCCGCAAGCUAAAUCCUGCAGAGACCCAAGGCAUGACUAGCUGUGGUGUGAUGCCUAAUCGAUCUGAGCCUUGGAUAAUCAACCAGGACAACAAAUCGCCUGUACUUGCCAGUCACAAAGGUUUUGAUCAAAUGAAGUCGUUCUUGUAUGAGCUCAUGGAAGAUGAUUCGGUUCCUUCUUAUCACCGUGAUACCCUUGGGAAGCUCAUCUGCGAAUUGUCCGACGAGCCGAUCCCUUCCAAUGCUUUGGUCAAGAUUUCCCCCACUCUUACAAACUCCUCCCGCUCAAGUGCCAACCGACGUGCUCGCAAUGGUUAUGGCCGAAAGGAGUACUGUUCCUACUGGAUUCGUCACGGCGAGUGUGAUUACCAGCAGCAAGGUUGCCUGUUCAAACAUGAGAUGCCUCUCGACCAGGAGAUGUUGGAGAGCCUUGGUCUCCGUGAUAUCCCUCGGUGGUAUCGGGACAAGCAUGGCCUUCGCAGUUUGUUAAGCACACCCGAGUAUCCCAACCAGACCCGUCCAGGUCGCCUUGCAAUUACCGAUCGUCCUCGCUGCAAGGCAAUUACGUACCCUGAGAACUGUACCGAAUCCACCAUUGACCUCUCGGUGGCCUCGAAUGCACCCAGUCGCUCGACUCGAAACAAUGGCAAUGGCAAGAAGGGACGUGCUAAUGGUGCCAAUGGUCAUCAGAAAGGUAAUGGCGGCCGUGCAAAUGGACACAACCAGAACCAGAAAGCUGGGGAGGCAAUCCACGAUGGUUCUUCUGCCAUCUUAACUCCUGAGUCAAUUGGUAGCGCAGCAUUGAUUUACAAGCCUGGAGGUCGUGCAAAUGCAAAGAACCGCUCAAACUGGCGCAAGAAAGCAAAUGGAGGGCCAUCUGAAGUCUGGACUUCUCCUGCUGUGAAUGGUGAUGUCAAUUCUGGGGCUGUGGUAAAGAAAUCUAGUCCUCUUACUAAUGAAGUGAGCUUGGACGAUACAAACGAUACAAACGGUCCAACCACUUCCCACACUUUGAUUUCUUUGACCCCACCAUCCACCAACCCUUCAUCUGUUUCUUCUCUGGCAAUUUCUGACUCGUCUCCUGUGAUCGUGAUGCCUGUUGCUGAUUUCAACCCCAAAGCGGGGGCCGAGUCCUUCAAGACCGAGGAUUCUGCCGAGGCCAAUGUUGACGUUGACGUUCUGACUGUUGUCAAAGACGACGACAAUACUGAAGCAAAAGUUGCUCCUACCGUUGCCUUGCCUGAGAGUGUUCCCACUGGACCCAAAGCUGAUCGCAUUCCUGCUGGACCUAAGGCGGAUCGUCUUCCUCCUACUGCUACCCCGUUUAGUCCUGCACGCUCUAUCCGUGGAAGAUCCUUUGCCUCUCCCUCCCGCCACAAUGAAGGCUCUUCCCCUGCUGCUGUCAGCCCAUUUGGCACUGCUCGCUCUCACAAGGGAAAUCAUUCUGUUUCUUCUCGUCGCUCUCGCCGUGCCGGCAAUAUCUCUACCAGCUCCGUCGCUACUGUUCGUCCCCCUCAGCAGGCAAGCUUCUCUCAGCAGGUAAGCGCCUCUCAGUAUGUGAGCCCUGUUCAGUAUGCGAGCCCUGUUCAGUAUGCGAACCCUGUCCACCAUGCGAGCUCUGCCCAGCAUAUGACCUCGGCCCAGCAGGUUAAUCCUCCUCAGCAGGCGAGCCAUUCUACUUCUGGACAUCCUGUUGGCCAAAAUGUGUCUGCUUCGACUUCUGAUUUUCAGCUGGCUCCUCACCCGUGGUAUCCUAACGUUCGCAGCAUGCAAGGUACUCGUGGUCCAAUUACCGUUGUCGACAAUUUCCCGUCUUUUGGUGGUGUCAAGCCAAUUCCUUUUGACUACUCUGACCCCAGCUGCCCUGCUAUCCAGAUCACAGAGGCUUCGCCAGUUCAGGAUGCUGGUCAAGGAUUUUCUCGUCAAGAUCUGGCUGGUCAAGGCCCCGCUGGUCAAGGAUUUUCUCGUCAAGGUCUGGCUGGUCAAGGUUUUGUUAGUCCAGGAUAUCCUAGUCAUGGAUAUGCUAGUCAUGGAUAUGCUCAAGGUACUCCCGACUGGCGUAUGCUACCCCCUGGUCUGCCAGUUCCUGCUAAUUAUGGCGGUACUGUCACUGGUGGUUCUCUGAACCCCAACACACCCUCGUUCGCCCCCAUUCAGAGCAAUCAGACUCCCGACCUCGCCAUGACCCGCCGAUCUGAGCGCCCUGUUCGACCCUAUGAUCCCUGGGACUCUUAUGAUCCUUUCACUAGCGCUUCACGUCACUGGGGUCAGUCCAGAACCCGCCCGUCUGACCGGGGCAAUGGUCAGGGCAACAUGGGCGGCGAUGGUGGUUUUUCUGUUGAUCUUUCCACCCAUUGGUUGUCCGGUGAUAUUCGCGGCCUCUUGCGUGGAAUGGCCCCAGAUAACACUGGUGGCAUUUCUGCUCAGCAGUGGUCUAAUGAUACUUUUGGCGAAGUGACCCCUGAGAAUGUUAACGACCUGUUGGAAUGUGACGGCGAUGAUCCUAUUCCGCCCCGAUACCAGCGAGGCGGUUUUAUCCCUCGCGGUCUAGGUGACAAUGAACCUUUCCGCAAUGACGGUCUCUAA